ACAUAAUUGCUAUAAACAGUCCACGCACUCUCUCUCGCGCGCGCGUUGUGAAAAGAUUUUAAGGGUGGUUUGUCUCCGUUUUCAUUGUCACUCUGUUGUUCUUUCUUCUCUCUCUCUAGACAAGAUGGAGAAACCUCUGAUCAGAGCAGAAAACAGCGGUAAUGGUGGUGGAAGUUCCCGUGGACGGAGAGAUCGGCCGGCGAUGUUCAAACGGAGGUCAGACGCCAUCGCUUACGGUUCUCGUUAUCAGAGGGCGGCGGCACUCGUUGAUCUGGCUGAGGAUGGCGUUGGUCUACCUGAACAAAUUCUUGAUCAAAUAAGCUACGAAAGCGCAGCAAAGUUCUACUUCAUAUUUAUUCGAUUAGAGUUUAUUUGGUCCCUUAACUUCUUUGCUUUGAUAGUUCUAAAUUUUUUGGAGAAACCGUUGUGGUGUUCUGAGUCUUCAGAAUAUUCUUGCAAGGAUAGGGAGUAUUACUUUCUUGGACAGUUACCAUACUUGACUGGUGCUGAGUCUGUCAUUUAUGAGGGGAUAACUCUUAUAAUUCUUAUGGCACAUACCUUCUUACCAAUUUUAUAUGAAGGAUCUCGUAUCUACUGGAGAAAUGCACUUAAUAGAUUGAAGGUCCUUCUCCUGUUAAUUUUGGUCGCUGAUUUGUUAGUCUAUGUUCUCUAUUUAUCUCCAGUGGCCUUCUAUUUUCUUCCAUUCAGGAUCGCACCUUAUAUCCGGGUUGUUUUUUUCAUUCUAAACUUCAGGGAAUUACGAGAGAGCAUCCUCAUCUUGGCUGGAAUGCUUAGCACGUACUUUAAUGUCUUGGCUCUAUGGCUUUUAUUUCUUCUAUUUUCCAGUUGGGUAGCAUAUGUAAUGUUUGAAGAUACCCAACAAGGGAAGAUAGUAUUCACUUCUUAUGGCACUACAUUGUAUCAAAUGUUUGUUUUAUUCACCACAUCCAACAACCCAGAUGUUUGGAUUCCUGCAUAUAAGGCUUCACGUUGGUAUUCCAUAUUUUUCAUUCUCUAUGUACUAUUGGGGGUUUACUUCGUUACUAACUUGAUCCUUGCUGUUGUAUACGAUAGCUUCAAAGGUCAGCUUGUGAAACAAGUAGCUGAGAAGGACUUUAUGCGGAGAAGAAUUUUAAAUAAAGCUUUUAAUCUUAUUGAUGAAUAUAACCUUGGAUUUCUUAACAAAGAUCAAUGUAUUCAUCUGUUUGAAGAACUGGAUAAAUACAGGUCAUUGCCAAAAAUAUCAAGAGAAGAUUUUGAGUUAAUAUUUGACGAGCUGGAUGAUAGUCAUGACUUCAAGAUUAAUUUGGAAGAAUUUGCUGACCUUUGCAAUGCCAUUGCACUACAAUUUCAAAAGGAGGAUUCAAAACCCUGGUUCGAAAAAUUUCCAGCAUUCUACCAUUCUCCCCUAUCUGAAAAGUUGAAAGCCUUUGUUCGAAGCCCAAAGUUUGAAUACAUAAUAGUCUUCAUUCUCCUCAUGAAUCUGGUUGCUGUUAUUGUCGAAACAACGCUUGAUAUAGCGAACAAUUCUGCUCAAUCGGUUUGGCAAACAGUAGAGUUUGUCUUUGGUUGGUUAUAUGUCCUUGAAAUGGCACUGAAAGUCUUCGCCUAUGGGUUUGAGAACUAUUGGAGGGAAGGUCAAAAUCGUUUUGAUUUCAUUAUCACUUGGGUUAUAGUUAUUGGAGAAACAGCAACUUUCUUGUCCCCCAAUGGACAAAAUUUUCUUUCAAACGGGGAAUGGAUCCGUUAUCUUCUCCUUGCAAGAUUGUUACGAUUAAUGAGGCUUUUGAUGCAUGUCCGGCGUUACCGAGCUUUUCUUGCCACAUUUUUAACCCUCAUACCGAGUUUAAUGCCAUAUCUGGGAACCAUAUUUUGCAUCCUAUGCAUCUAUUCCUCUCUUGGUUUACAGAUUUUUGGUGGGAUAGUUAAUGCUGGGAAUCCCAUUUUGGAAGGAACAGGUCUUGCUGAUGAAGACUAUUUACUUUUCAAUUUCAAUGACUAUCCAAAUGGGAUGGUGACACUUUUCAAUUUACUAGUAAUGGGAAACUGGCAUAUGUGGAUGCAGAGCUACAAGGAAUUGACGGGAACAGCUUGGACUUAUGCCUACUUUGUCAGCUUCUAUCUAGUAACAAUUCUGCUGCUUUUGAAUUUGGUUGUAGCCUUCGUCUUAGAGGCAUUCUUCGCUGAAAUGGAACUCGAAACUUGUGAAGAAGGCGAAGAACAGGGCAAGGACAGUGGUGGGAGGCGCCGUAAUAUUGGCUCAAAAAGUCGGAGUCAGAGAGUUGAUGCCCUUCUCCACCACAUGUUGAGCACAGAGCUGACGCAGUGCUCCAGUCCAUAAAUUUGCUUCCUAUCUUCAUUCCCUGAUUUGCAUCUUGAAGUCUCCCUUUCAUUUCCAAUUUCUUCUUGCUCAGAGGCUUGAUAGUUCAAAACUCUGGAACUCUAGUUAUGGUGUGCAGCUCUCAGUAAUUACGUGAAAUGAUUACCGAGAAGAUAGUAGGGAAUGAACAUUCUGUGAAGUAUCUGACACCAGGAAGGUACACAGAAAAAUUUGCAGCCCGUGUAGGUUUACUUUUUCACUUAUCCCUGUUGAAGAUAAAGAAGUUUUUAUUGCUGAAUGGAAAGCAUAGAUUGAGCUGCAGCAGGGAAUGAGGGACAACGCACUUGGAUUCACAAAGCCGUUUGAAAAUUCAAGCAGAGUUGCCAGUUGGUUUCAAAUAAGAUACAUAAUGCGUUUCAUGUUUUCUAAACCUUAAAUUACACGCAAAACUACACUAAUGUAUCAAUUUGUGAUUAAAGCUCUGCUAAUCUCUCACCCUUUGUGGGUGCCUUAGUCAAGGUGCUUUGACUAUGUUGUGUAGAACUUGCUACUUCCGUCAAUAGAUACAGUAGUAGUUCAGUUUUUACAAAGAA